GCAUUCGUGUCCUUGGUCGUCUUGGUAUUCUUCUCGAGAAACCUCGGCUGCUUGGACCAGGAGUACAGACUGCUCUGGGCAGAGAUAAGGCUCGCGAUUUGGCUUGUUUUACAGGGCCGCCUUGACUCCUUCUAUGUGCUCUUGGCCACCGUAUGCUCUAGCUGGGUGCCGACAAAUGCUGGGACAAGCAAGAGAAGCAUUAUCUAUGCUGAAGGUAACACCAAGCUGCCCUACGUAGCCGAUGCAAACUGCCUCACCUCCCGGCGACUUGCAUGA